AGGGCAGAAACGUGCUAUUAGUAGUACUAACUUAGUGACCUAUGUACCACCGGAGAUGCUGUUGAAUAUUGCUGGCCACUAUGUGGAGAUCAGUCCGUGUCCUGUUUUGGAAAUAGACAAAUCUUGGAGCUAAGGAGGUUGACGUGAGUAGCUAAAUUUUCGCAAGAACGUCGCAUAGAGUUGAAAUCUUCGCCAAAACGGACAAAAUGGAGAAUCAUGAAGGGGCUGCUGCAGCAAGAGACCGUGUGCUCGAUUAUUCACGGUUGAGUUUAAAUACCUUUAACGUUGAUAAUAUUAGCGACGAGAGGAAAAGGGACACCAAACAACUCCACCUGAACUACAACCGACUACACUCGUUGCCCUCGUCGCUCUGUCUUUUCCAAAACCUGGAAUUUUUGGACAUCAGCAACAACGGACUGUCGACCAUUUGUGAGGGCGUUACGCGACUCACCAAGCUUAAAACACUUUUAGCCAAGAACAACCGCCUGGACGAGUUUUCUCUGCCCAAGGAGUUCGGCUCUCUACAGCUGGAGGUGUUAAACUUUAGCGGGAACCGGUUUGAAGAGAUCCCACUUCAAUGUACCAAACUGCUGCGUCUGCAGUCGCUUUCACUCGGUGGAAACAGACUGAAAAGUAUUCCCACAGAGAUAGAAAAUUUAACCAGUUUAGAGAUGUUGUAUUUGGGUGGCAACCUCAUCUCAGCUAUUCCUCCUGAAGUGGCAAACCUGCCCUACCUCAGCUACCUGGUCCUCUGUGACAACCGCAUCCAAAGUGUGCCACCACAGCUCACCAGGCUUCACUCACUGCGAUCGCUAAGUCUCCACAACAACUUGCUGACUUACCUGCCGAGAGAGAUCCUCAGCCUGGUGCAGCUGCAGGAGCUCAGUCUAAGAGGCAACCCGCUGGUGGUACGCUUUGUCAAGGAGAUGACCUAUGAUCCUCCUUCCCUGCUGGAGCUGGCAGGACGUACCAUCAAGAGCCGAAAUAUUCCAUACUCUCCCUGUGACCUGCCUUCAAACCUGCUGCACUACUUGGACCUGGCGAGCAAGUGUCCCAACCCCAAGUGUGCCGGCGUUUACUUUGAUUCCUGCGUGCGCCACAUCAAAUUUGUUGACUUCUGCGGAAAAUACCGGCUGCCCCUUAUGCACUACCUGUGUUCCCCAGAGUGCACCUCUCCCUGCAGCUCCAACCCUCAGAGUGAUGCAGAAUCUGAGGAUGAGAGCAGCGUUCCAGCUGACCGCCUUCAGAGAGUGCUACUGGGAUAGAACAAGAAGGUGGAAGGUCCGAGCAUCUGGCCAGCAGAGGUUUUACCGGCCUGUCAGCUCCAUCCUAUGAAGUAGAACAUUUGUGAAUUUACCAGACAGAUAUAUACAUACUCGCAGACUACAAAAACAGCAAAUAUACUUUAGUACAUUUGGCUACUUUAAUGCACAGAAUAUAAACCAGUCUUUCGUUGUCCUGGAAAUGCAAUAUUUUCAUCUUGCAGAUUGUGUUUUUUUUUUUUUUUUUUUCCUUUUUUGGAGGGGGGGUGAUGACAGUUGUCCACACACGUUAGUGAAAUGGCUAAAAGAGGGUAUGAGACAUGAGUUUCUCACAGAGCCAU